UACGUAGCAGUUACAAAUCUUUUUAUAUUAGCCGUUCACAACCGAGGUCGUAUUGUUCAAAAUGUUAUAAAGGCGUCAACGAGACUGUUCGGACGUUGUUGAAAAUAUUGCAAACAUUAUGAAAACAGUGUAAUAUUCAGAAUGUAUCGUUUUCUAUUGGUAUUGAUCGCUGCCAGCGGUGCAAGCGGGAUAGUAGACCCGGCAGCACAACAAAUUAUUCUAUUUAAAGAAAAAACAUCGGGUCCCAUUGGUAUUAUGACUACAAGUGCAGGGGCGCCUAUAGAAUACAGAGACACAAGAACAUUGAACUCAAGAUUGAUAUUUAAUGAAUUCUUCAUGGAUUCUCUGACACAUCUAUCUCGCGAACGUAUUCCUGAACGUCUAGUGCACGCAAAAGCAGGUGGUGCUUUUGGCUAUUUCGAAGUUACACAUGACAUGUCGGAUAUUUGCAAAGCAAAAGUAUUCAACAGUGUAGGAAGAAAGACGCCGAUCGCAGCCAGGUUUUCACCAGUGGUUGUUGAAAGAGGCGGUAAUGAUGUUUCAAGAGACGCUCGAGGUUUCGCAGUCAAGUUUUACACACAGGAUGGUAAUUUUGAUAUUGUUGGGUUUAGCACGCCAAUGUAUGUUUACAAUGAUCCAAUUUUAUUCCCGACUUUUGUUCGGGCCCAAAAGAAAAAUCCUGCAACGAAUUUAUUUGACGCAAAUACUCUUUGGGACUUUCUAACUCUUCGGCCUGAAAGUUUUCAUAUGUUUCUAUUGGUUUUUGGAGACCGUGGUAUUCCAGAUGGCUACAGCCAUAUGCCUGGAUUUGGUAUACACAGCUUUGAAGUGGUUAAUGAACAUGGAAAGAAACAUUUUGUAAGAUUCCACUUUAUGCCAGACGCAGGUAUUAAGAAUUUGAGAGCAGAAGAAGCAAGAAAAAUAGCGUCUGAAGACGCGGACUAUAACACCCGAGAAUUAUACAAAUCCAUAGCAAAAGGAAAUUUCCCAAGUUGGACAGUAAGCAUACAAGUAUUAACGCUAGAUGAUGUAAAAUCUGCUUCAUUUAAUGUGUUUGAUGUAACUAAAGUUCUUCCUCUCGACAAAUAUCCCCUCAGACCAUUAGGAAAAAUGGUUUUAAACAAGAACGCAGUUAAUUAUUUCGCAGAAAUUGAACAGUUAGCGUUCAAUCCUGCUAAUUUAGUCCCUGGUAUACUUGGAGGUCCAGAUAAAGUUUUUGAAGCUCGUAGGUUAGCUUAUAGAGACGCACAAUAUUAUCGGUUAGGUGCUAAUUUCAACAAGAUACCAGUAAAUUGUCCAAUUCUCUCUGAGAAUUUAGCAUAUAAUAGAGAUGGAGUACCACCAGUAAAAGACAAUGGUCAAGACACGCCUAACUAUUAUCCGAAUUCAUAUAAUGGCCCCGUUCCUUAUAAGGAUCACAAACGGGGAGAAUUAAUAGAGAUUUAUGAGGAGGAUGCAAAUAAUUUCGAGCAAGCAACUGAAUUGUACGUAAAUGAAAUGACUGCAGAAGAAAGAAGUAGGUUAGUAGAGAAUGUGUUAUACAGCUUAGGAUCUGCUGCGAAGUUUCUACAAGAUAGGGCAGUAAAAAUAUUUUAUAUCAUUCAUCCUGAUUUGGGAAGUAGGAUAGAACAAGGACUUCUUGCCAAUGGAACAAAUAAUUAUUGGGAUAGAUAAAAUAGGCGUUCUAAGCAUACGUAUUUGAAUUGAUACUUUCUACUUUGCCGAUGUGUUAACAUAUUUUGCUUAUAAACAAACUUGUCUCCUCUAGAAUCCUAUUUGAUUCUCAAAGUAUCAAUAAGUUGCGGAUGGACCUACACAUGAAUUUAAAGUAUAUUGGCUUUUGCCGUUCCUACUUACUGUGAUACUUUUAGGAGUGUAAAGUUUUGGUGCUUAGCUGGUGUAUAGUUUAUUAUUAACGUGUUACUAUUACUUAAAUUAGAACCCGUAUGUGUAAUAGAUGUGAUGACAGUAAUAAAGUAAAUUAAUAAAUUAUUUAAAACAGAAGAAAACAAGUUCUGAAUAAAUUUGUCGAGUUAUGUUUGGCUGCCAUAUAUUUUUCUAUUUUUAUAUUGAAGAAAAUGUAGGUAAGUAAACACGUAAAAGUUUUAAGUACUAGUGUUUAGUGUGUAAUAAACAACAAACGUGAGGUUGUUAUUAACUUCUUA